CCCCUCGUCUGCCCCUUCCUUCCCCGCCCCCUGGCACCGCCGAGCCCGGAGCGAGUACUCGCCAAGUCUGAGAAGACUAGUCGCCAACUCUUGCCGCUGACCAGGGCUGUCGCUUCCUACUGACAGCCAAAAGGGAUUGGUUUGAAGAAAAAUGCAUGAAAGUCUUACAUCAUGACAGCUCUCAGGCAAAGGAAAGAAAUAAAAGUCUCAAACGUUUAUGAGGAUUACCCAUCACAGGAGGAAGAGGAAGAAUUGGAAAGACAAUUGUUAGCUGUUUACAGUGGGAGAGGAUUAUGGAAAAUUCUAUCAUAUAUGAUUGGUGGAACUAUUGGCCUUUGCAUUGGAUUUCUUACUUCCAUCUACCUUGCUACUUUACAUGAAAAUGACUUAUGGUUUUCUAACAUUAAGGAAGUGGAACGAGAAAUAUCAUUCAGAACAGAAUGUGGAUUAUAUUACUCUUAUUACAAACAAAUGCUACAGGCUCCAACUAUCAUGAAAGGUUUCCAUGGACUGAUAUAUGAUAAUAAAACUGAAUCAAUGAGGACAAUUAAUAUCCUUGAACGAAUGAAUAUUUAUCAAGAAGUGUUUCUCAGCAUUUUAUAUAGAGUUCUACCUAUACAGACAUACUUAGAGCCUGUUUAUUUUUAUAUCUACACUUUAUUUGGACUCCAAGCAAUGUAUGUCACAGCACUUUAUGUAACCAGCUGGCUUCUUAGUGGAACAUGGUUGUCAGGGCUCUUAGCAGCUUUCUGGUAUGUUAUAAAUAGAAUAGAUACUACAAGAGUAGAGUUCACCAUUCCUUUGAGAGAGAACUGGGCACUGCCAUUCUUCGCAGUUCAGAUAGCAGCAAUUACAUAUUUACUCAGACCACAUUUACAGCCUCUUUGUGAAAGGCUGACUCUUCUUGCAGUGUUCAUAUCUACUUUUCUCUUUAGUUUGACAUGGCAAUUUAAUCAAUUUAUGAUGCUGAUGCAAGCAUUAGUGUUAUUUAUACUGGACUGUCUGAACAUGCUUCCUACAGUAAAGGUUACAUGGCUAUAUGUUAUACAAGUGGCAAGUUUACUGUUGGUCUGUGCCCUUCAGUUCUUCAAUUCCAUGAUCCUGGGGUCAUUGCUUAUAAGUUUUAACCUCUCCGUGUUAAUAGCAAGAAAAUUUCAGAAAAAUCUGAAAACUGGAGGCUUCCUUAAUAGGCUUGGGAAACUUUUGUUCCACUUAGCCCUGGUGCUAUGUUUGACAGUUUGUCUCAAUACAUUUAUUAAGCAUUUUCUUAACCUAAAGUCAGAUGAACACAUAUUUAAAUUUCUGAAGGCAAAAUUUGGGUUUGGAGCAACAAGGGAUUUUGAUGCAAAUUUGUAUCUAUGUGAAGAAGCUUUUGGUCUCCUACCCUUUAAUACACUUGAAAGACUGUCACAUACUUUACUCUUUUAUGCAUACAUGUUUGUUCUUUCCGUUAUGGUGAUGGUGGCUGUUAUUGUUGCUCUUCGGAAUCUCAGUGAUUCUACUAAAGUGCGGUUCAUUGUACUAAAGCCUGGAACAGCCUACAACUUGAUGCACUCUAUUUUGUUUGGAUGCUUGGCUUUUAGUACCAUGAGAAUGAAGUAUCUUUGGACAUCACAUAUGUGUGUGUUUGCUUCAUUUGGCUUAUGUAGCAGUGACAUAUGGGAAUUACUUUUAAAAUUGGUCCAUCUCUACACACCAAAGAGGAUGAAAAUGAUGAGGUAUUCAGUACCAGUAUUAAUACUCAUCUAUCUUUGCUAUAAGUUCUGGCCAGGAAUGAUGGCGGAGCUAUCAGAGUUGAGAGAAUUCUAUGACCCAGACACAGUGGAGCUGAUGAACUGGAUUAAGUCAAACACUCCCAAGAAGGCUGUAUUUGCUGGAAGCAUGCAGUUGUUGGCCGGAGUCAAACUGUGCACAGGGAGAACCUUAACCAACCACCCACACUAUGAAGAUAAGGGACUAAGAGAGAGAACAAAAGAGGUUUAUCAGAUAUAUGCAAAGAGAUCUCCUGAGGAAGUCUAUUCCCUCCUGAGGUCCUUUGGCACAGACUAUGUCAUCUUGGAAGACAGCAUUUGCUAUGAAAGAAGGCACAACAGAGGCUGCCGUCUCAGAGACUUGCUUGACAUAGCUAAUGGACAUGUAAUGGAUGGCCCAGGAGAGAAUGACCCUGAUUUAAAGCCUGCUGAGCACCCUCGCUUCUGUGAAGAAAUCAAAAGAAACUUGCCUUCGUACUCUGCACACUUCACCAGAGUGUUUCAGAACAAAACAUUCCAUGUUUACAAGCUAUCUAGGCACAAGUAA